CAACUCCUACAGUUCCAGGAAGUUCCAGUUAUCUAUGCCGCUUACAGCCAUUUAUAUAUCCACACCGAAAGUAAAAACGUAAUUAUUUAACCACAGUGAUCCUCUGUGGGUGAGAUCUUCGAUAAAGACAAGACCCGACUGACACUGGACUCUGUGGCACAGAUCGUCUUUGAAGUGAGACCUUUCUGACACCGGCUGGCUCCACCCCAGGAGUUGUUUGGUUUCCAGGAGGCAACGACAGACAUCUCAAUGGCUGCCAAGGAUGAAGUCCCCUCCAUCCGUCAGUCUGAUGGGCUCUCAGAAGGUGAGAUAAAAGCCACCCAUAAGAGAAAACAAAAAGUAAUGAUGUGUCUGGAAAAACUUGGGAUUCGUUGUGAGCAGAAUCAGGUGCCCAAUAUUGUUGUUCUGGGAUCAGGCGGGGGCCUGCGUGCCAUGAUAGCCAUGCUAGGAACCUUGGUGGAGCUGAAGAAUCAAAAUUUCUUGGAUGCUGUCACAUAUCUCUGUGGGGUGUCAGGAUCCACUUGGUGUAUGUCCCUCCUGUAUGAGAAUCGGAGAUGGUCAGAAAAACUGAUGUCUUUAGAAGAGGAAAUAUAUGAAAACCUCUCUAAUUCCUCCUGGCAUAUUGUAAAAGCUGAAGAGUACUUAGAGGAGGCAGCAAAAGAUGAACUUUACUCACUGACCGACUUCUGGACCGCCUGUUUUGUAUACCAAAUAGUGCAGAAGUUUGAUGAGAAUGAGCUGGCUGAUCACAAGGAAGCCUCAGAGAAUGGAAUAAAUCCAUACCCAAUUUAUGCAGCAGUGGACAAAGACGAACUGAAUGAAAAACAUGAAACGUUUCCAGGGACCUGGUUUGAAUUCACUCCCCAUGAGGCUGGAUAUACUGCCUUGAGUGCUUUUGUGAGUACCAGAUACUUUGGAAGUAAAUUUGAGAAGGCUAAUCUGAAGCAAAAGAAGAAGAAAUGCAUUAGUUAUAUGCAAGGCUUAUGGGGGAGUGCUCCUGCCAACAUGGAUGACAUUAUCAAGUUCAUACGAGACACCCUAAACAGUUUGAUGCAAGUACGGGCCAGUGUCCUCUCCAUUGCAUUCAAGAGAAACCCAAGAACCUUCACGUCUUAUCAGUCUGUUCUACUUCUGCUAGACCUUUACUUGUGUGCUGUAAGGGGGAGUGAUCCUAAGAAAGUCUUCGAGAAAUUGAUGAGUGUAUUGUCAGAGGAGGGACAAAGUGAAUCCAUGAAACUGUGCAUUGCAAUCCGUGACUCUUGGGCAAAGAAAACAAGGGAGGAAAGAAUGGCAAGCUGCUUUGAACUGGACAAACAGAUAGAAAAGGAAUUUGGAGUGCAUCUUCGAAAGGGAAUUAUUCCGGAAGGAGAGUUGCCACCAUCCGAAGCAGCUGCCCUAGGCUCCGUGUGGGAUGCCCUUAGGGUGCUGUAUAAAACCGUCCGAUGUGUGUUGACCUGGAAAUGGGGAACAAUUCAUAACUUCCUUUACAAAUGCUCUAACAUUAAGCCCUCUUACCUGGGUGGAAAAGAAAUCCUCUCUUUGAUUGAUGCUGGUCUGGCGAUAAAUUCUGCCUAUCCUCUGGUACUUGGACCAUAUCGGCAAGCAGAUCUGAUCAUCUCCUUUGAUUUCAGCUCUGGAGAUCCUUUUGAGACUAUCAAGAAAGCGGCUUCAUACUGCCAGAAAAACCAUAUCCCAUUUCCUAAUAUAAAGGAUCAGAAAAUGGAUGAGAACAACCCUUCUGAUUGCUAUAUCUUCCGAGGAGACAAGUCAUGCCCCACAGUCAUGCACUUUCCACUCUUCAACAAUGUGAAUUGUCCUGGUAAAGUAGAAGAUUACAGAAACAGGUUUUCCACCUUUAGCAUGUCCUUCCCAGGAGAAGCCAUCAAAGAUCUUCUUAAGAAAGCACAGUUGAAUGUAUCCAAUAAUAGGGAUAAGAUUCUAAAAGAGAUAAUGCAGCUUGUGUUGUCCCCUCGUACAAAGAAUUUGCAAAACUGAGGGGGUUUUUCCUUCAGUACAAGAUGCUGGAUUUAUGAAUCACUUCAAAUGUAAGUUUUAUUUUUUGUGAAGAUUUAUGAAGCUCCAAAUCGCUCCAAAUUUACGCCACUGCACUGCUCAUUUUGGCCAUUUGUUGUGAGUUUUCACACUGUGCUCUCUACAGCUAUAACAGAUUUCUCUAUUAUCUCGACCACAUCUCUUUAAGUUCCUCUACAGAUAAAAGAACCAAAAAGGUGCUAUUGGGAGUGAAUUAUUUGGCACAUUUUAAAUGUAUUUGUGAGACUAAGAUGGUCUGAGUUUCUGAAGGGCUGAAAAGGUUCCCUUUAGAAGUGGCUGAGAUGGACACAUUGGUGUUUGCAAAGAAAGUCUGAAACCAACAACCAAAAAAAUCUAGAAAUAACCGAAAGGAAGAAUAAGGGAUGAAGGAGAAGGAGAGAGAAAGGGGCUUUCCACAGAAGAAUAGCUCACCAGGCAGCAUGACAGAUGAUAAAGAAUUAGAUGAAUCUGUCUUAAAGGGAAAAAAGAGCCACUAUAAUUUGCUUUUGACAAUGGAAGAUGAAUAAUAGAGGAACCAUGAAAGAGAAGAAAAGUCUGAUGGUCAGAGACUUACAAACCGUCCUGGUAUAACUAAGGUGUCUCUGCACAAGAGCAAGAUGUCUGUCUGUACCAACCAAACAUGAACUGAUACCAGCCUCUGAUUUGCUCAUGAUACUGGUUUUUCUAACCUCUUUCUUUAUCUGUAUUUGUUGCUUAUUCUUUUUUUCCCUACAUUUUAUGUAUAACAGAUUUAAACCUUAUUGUUUAUUAAACAUGAGCUGUAGCUUGUUCCUAAUGGCAAACAUAUUCCGCUUUAUCCCACAGUGUACUGCAUAAUACCAGUCAAAGAAUGUAUCUCUCAUAAUCUGGCAUUGAACAAGUGUAUCUGUGACAUUAAAAAAAUCUCUGAAUAUCCUCCUCUAA